CUUUAUUUUGAUAUUAGAGAGGAUCAGUGGCCGCUUGUGUAUGAUGACAAAUAUAAUGUGUCAGUUAUGGGCCUUGAGAAGUUCCAUGUAUUCGACGCCAAAAAAUGGCGCAACAUAAUACAGCAUUUACAAGAUGCCAACCUUAUCACUAAAGAAUGUCUGGUUCAACCUUUGGAAGCUAAGAAACAAGAUCUCCUUGUAGUACACACAAAGAAGUAUCUGAGGUCACUUAAGUGGAGCACAAAGGUAGCCAUUAUUGCAGAGGUGCCAGUAGUGGCAUGUUUGCCAAACAUAAUUGUACAAUAUGCAUAUCUGAAGCCAAUGAGAUUACAGACAGGUGGUUCCAUUUUGGCUGGGAAGUUAGCUUUAGAAAGAGGCUGGGCAAUAAACGUUGGUGGUGGAUUCCAUCACUGCAGCUCGGACAAAGGAGGUGGCUUUUGUCCCUACGCUGAUAUAACACUGCUUGUUCGCUUCCUCGUGAAAAAUCAAAUGAUACAGAAUGCGAUGAUUGUUGAUUUAGAUGCACAUCAGGAAUUUAAUCGCUGCACUGAAUGAUUUCAAGCCAGAUAUCUUGGUAUAUAACGCUGGUACUGACAUUCUUGAUUCUGAUCCCCUUGGUCAUUUGAAGAUAAGUGAAGAUGUGAGUAUGUUUGUCGCUCGGUACCUAAAGAAGAAAAUUAUAUUUUUUUUUAUAAAAAUGAAAUGACAAACGAACUUGCAGUUCACCUUAAUAUGGUAAAUGCCUACUGCAAUCCAUGGACACCUUUUUUUUAUUUUAUUUUUUUUUUAUUUUUGGGGAAAUGCCUACGCAUACCCGCCUCGCGGGGGCAAGGACGGGUUAUGUCGGACUCGCACCGACUAAAACCCCAUGGUGUUCCACCCUCGCCGCAUAUUGGCAGGGCCACGGGAACGCUUUCGCACACAUCCGCGGCCAUGGCGGUCCCUCCUCGGGAGAGGACUGCUCCUCCCCCAUCUCCCUCUCAGGUAAGGCGCACCAGAACACAUUGCGCGCCCUCCUCCUCGGCCUCCAAUUUCACAUGCGCAACGGACGCCCCCGUGUCCGAUGUGCGAAGGCCAUGGGGCCAGGAAAAACUAGCACUCAGAAGCACCAGCCUUCCUGACCCCAGCGGCGGAUCUGGUCUAUGGCUCCGCCGCCAACCAAGAUUCGGCUGCGGAGGGUAGGGAGAGCGGCGCCUCGCAAUACCGACACUCCUCUCCCCCCGCAGCCCCACCACCACCGCAUCAUUUAACGGUGCGGCCCCGUCUGAGUCGCGGAUAGGGUAGGGCGAGUGGCGCAUCGCCAUACCAGCACGCCUCUUCCUCCGCGACUCCACCUCGGCUGCAGCGAUAGAGGGAGCGGACACCCCUCUCGCAGCAUCCCACCGACACACAUCCGAAGUGGGCUUCCCAAGCCCAUUCGGAGUGCCCACCUCGGGCCGGCCCUACACCACGGGCCAGCCAAGGGGUUCCUCUUUGUUCACCGCGGGUGACCAAGCCACGGCUACUAAGCCCCCCCAUCACGACAAGGCGGGAACCCGUUCGGGGGGGAAUCCAUGGACACCUACGCCUCUGAGGACUGAGGUGGAAUGCUUCACAGCCUGUAAUUAAUUAUAUUGGCUCCCUUCAGAGGAACAUACUAUACAUUACAUUAAAGUAAAGAUAUUUUUUUUCUUUUAUAAGCCCAUGGCAUGAUUACUAUACCACCGGAUCGUGUGUGGUGAUUCAUCACAAUUCAGCGGCCUUCAGGCCGAGAUGGUAUGAUAUAUAAUGAUGGAUGACUUUUCCUUUUAUUUUUUUUACCUUUGUUGUAUCUACAAAGAUUAGAUUUUUUUUAUAAGAGUGGGCAAACGAGCAUACGGCUUAUCUGAUGGUAAGUGACUACCGCCGUCCAUAAACAACUGUAAAACCAGGGGAAUUGCAGAUGCGUUGCCGGCCUUUUAAAAAAAGAGUAGGCUCUUUUCUUGAAGAUCCCUAAGUCGUAUCGGUCCGGAAGAUGCAUUGAAUUCAUGUUAUAAAAUAUUAAUACCGGGUGUAUUAUGUGAACAUAUUCACAGUUUCAAUAUUAAAAUUUAUUGUAACAAUUUCAAAGAUCUGUAGAAACAUUAGCAUUUUGUCUAGUGUUAGAAUUUUUCAUAUUUAUAAAAGGUCGAGGAAAAAGUUUCUCUGUAUUUUACAAAUUUAAGACAUUUAAAAAAAGUUUAAUUACAUUUAAUUAUAAUAUAUAUGUGUCAUUUUGUUCGAUAACUUGUUGCCAUCUUGUAGGUAUAGACGUCAUGUGUAGCUGUAGAAAUCUUGGGAUUUUUGAUCUAAAAAUGCGACAAGUAGUUUGACAGCUACUCUCUUGAUGUUAACCUAACACUACCCAAAGAAUUCUGAAGAGACCGAAACAGGUGAAAAUCUGAGGUUGCAAGAUCAGGACUAUAUGGUGGAUGCAUUAACAUUUCCCAACUAAGCUCUCUCAAUUUUACUGAGUGAACAAAUAUGUGUGUGGUCUAGUGUACCAUGACGAAAGACCACUCCUUAUCUGUUGAUUGAUUCUGGCCGUUUUUUCUCAAUUUCUUGCUUGAGUCUCAUUAGUUGUUGGCAGUAGAGAUCUGAAAUGAUGGUUUUGCCCGGCGGUAAAAGCUCAUAAUAAACGAUGCCCUUCCAAUCCCACCAUACACACAGCAUCACCUUAUUGCGUGUUAAUCCGGGUUUCGCUUCAGUCUGUGGAGCUUGACUACCCUUAGACCAUGAUAUUUUUCGCAGGUUCUUGUCGUAGGUGAUCCACUUUUCAUCACCAGUGAUCUAACUUUUCAAAAAUCGCUCGGUUUCAAUAGAGAAUCGCAAAUGAGAACACGAUUCAUUAGGUUUCUUUCAGUGAGCUGAUGUGGUACGUAAAUAUCGAGCUUUUUUGUGUAGCCAGACUUUUAAAUGGGCUAGAAUAGUUUUGUGGUCAAUCCUCAAUUCCUCGGCUAUGUCAUAACUAUUAAUAUGCCGAUCUUGCUCCACUUUUUCUUUCAAAAAUUACAUCGACUUUAUCCGUAUGAGGGCGACCAGAGCGAGAUGCAUGUUUGAUAUUAAAAUUCCCGGACUGAAAACGCUUCAACCAACUUUGUGCUACUCGCACUGACACUGCAUUAGGUCCCAAACAAAAACACAAACGCUUGAGUCGCAUUUUUCCCCUUUUUUAUAAUAAAACUUCAGAACGUGUCGAAUUUAUUCGUUAGAUUCACUCAUUUUGGCAAACAGGAAAACAAUUGAAAAAUGGCGGGAAAGUGUUUUUUUCUCUUUUUUUCUUUUUAUUAAUGUCCUAUAUGUAUUAAUAUUAAAAUCAGCCAGAUACAAACAGUACAACCAAAGAUAUUUUUCUUCAAUUUUAUACAAAUAAAAUACGAAGAAGCUUUUUCCCUGACCUGUUAUUUUUUCAGGGUAUCAUUAAAAGGGACGAAUUUGUAUUCGAACAGUGCAAACAGAACAACAUUCCAAUAGUCAUGCUGACAAGCGGAGGCUAUCUACGAAAGACUGCAAAAAUAAUAGCGGAUUCAAUAAUUAACUUGGAGAGAAAGGGUCUGAUAAAAGGCGGGAAAAUGACUGAAAUAAACGAAUAACGUACUACUAAGUGAAGAUGAAUGAAUACAUGAAAUUAGAGAUUCUAGGUAGUCAAGGGGCCCAUUACCCAUUAUCAAGAGCUCGUGCAUAGACAUGCUAAAUUAAAAGUUACUUUUUUAAAAGUAGCCAUAGAAUAUUUUGAUUUCAUGUUGCCAAGUUUAGUCAAUUGCAAAAAGAUUUGCAAAUUUUAGAAUAAUUUUAAUGUAUUUUUUUUCUAGUCAUUUAUGUUCGUUGUAUGUUAUAAGAUAUAUAUUUUAUGUUGAUGUUUUACAGAAAUAAAUAUUUUUAUUUA